AAUUCACACUUCUGACACAAUGGACUAAAUAUCUUGGUUUCACCAAAUGGCCAGCAACCAAAACCAGAACAUCAGCCCUCUUCUUUAUAUGUGAAACCACCUCAUACUAUGUGCUGAGACCCAUGUUGACUAGCACUGGGAUUGCAUUUUUUCCAGUUUUUUUGGGACUGCUUCUCCACCAGGAUUUGUUCCAGGCCCUAUAAUAACCCAAAGUGGUUCUCAACCAACUAAUCCCUGUCUCAGGUACAGGCACCAUCUUGAAACCAGUUCUUGGUAGCAACCAGAUGGACUGGAGACCCUUGUGAGCAUCAUUUGGGAACAAAAGGGUUAGGAAGAUACAGGAUAUGGGAAUCUCUCAGUGGUGUGGAACCAGUAGCCCUCCGGAUGUUGUUGGACUCCACCUCCCAUCAGUCCUAGCCAGCGUGAGAGGGAAGCUGUAAUCCAGCAACACCUAAAGGGCCCCUGGUUCCCUACCCUUGCUGUAAGUCAUUGACGUGUUCCAGGGCAACAGAUACACCAUCUUUCAUAGAACAUAAAAGUCUGUCUCAUACUAUUUGUCCACCUAGCUCAGUAUUGUCUGCUCAGACUGGCUACAGCCGUCUAGGGUUUCAGGAAGGAGUCUUUCCCACUGCCUGCUUCACAUUUUAAUUUUUAAAUUGAGAUGCUGGGGAUUGACACUGGACAUUUGGCAUGCCAAGCAGGUGCUCUGCCACUGAGUUACGCUCUCCCCCCUCUCUUAAGCUCAAGGCCAGGGGAAGAUUGACUAUUCAAGAGGUAGCAAAGAAGGAAAACAUUAUUCCUAAGUACCUGCGAGGAGAAGACACUACACAAUCAAUGGAGAUCUGAAAAAGAGGGAUAGGAUUAGGUAGUGCUUUUUUCUGGUGGGGACAUAUACCCCUAAACAUUUUGUGAAUCUAAGUAUGGCCUCAUUGAGGGGCAGUAUUUCAAUAUGAGUAGAAAAUGAGAGUACCCCAAAGUGAUUAUGGACAUGGCCAUGUAGUUCAGAACUGCAACAUGAGACUACAGUUUGUUUGUUUGUUUUUUAAAGUCCUCCAGGUUUCCAAUGUAUUAUAUAACAAUGGGUUUCAGGACAGCAGAGUAUCUGUGAGGAUAUAUUUGGCCUGAUGGUGGUGUGUCCUGGAGCUUCACAUCAUCAGUAUUCUAACUCCCACGAGGCUGACUCCCAUGAGUAUUCUGGCUCCCAACAUCUCAUUGCCAAUUGGAGGCUCUCUCUUCUUCCCUAGAAAUGACUGGUUGGUGAGUCUCGGAGGAGUCCUUUUUUCUGGAGAUUCUUGAACCUGUCGAUGGAUUAUGGAUACCAAAAAGGAACAGGAUAGCAGUGGAAUGGAUGACAUAAGCUUGAGUUCUACCUCUUUGGGAUGUUACACAAUUCAGGGUAAGUUUACUGCAGAAUAUAGAAAUACACAGUCUACUCCCCCCCCCCUUAUCUUCCCUUGUCAAAUGCCUGGAUUUAUGUCUUGAAUGUAGAUGUUCAGCUCCGUAUCGUAUCAAUGACCCUUCAUCGUAGCAAAACAAAGCUGAAACAGAACCCAACGAGUUUCUAGCAGGACUAAGAAAUUUCCAUAACUGAACAUGUCCGGAAUAGUGCCUUAAUAUGCUCUUAAACCAGGAGCAUUGCUGGAAACAGGAGGUUCAACAUCAACCCCCAAAUUCUCUGUGCUUGUCUUACAUAACCAAUUGGACAGCUCUACCUCUUGUUGCCCUUGUUGUUUCUGGUCAGGAUCUAACACACCAACUUGGUUUUGCCUCCCCUUCCUUACAGGCUUAAAACAGCUCUAUGAGGCCCACCAGCUCUGUGAUGCCACCCUGAUGGCUGAAGGAAGGAUUUUCUCCUGUCACAGGUGAGUUCCUGGAUUUUGCUGGUCUCCAGCCUGCUAGUGAAUAUUGGCCUGAUGAAGCAGCUCAUGUUAUCCAUAGCCAGCAAAGCGGAUGUUUUGCCUAGGGAGGUGAAAUUGCCUAGGCAAGUGCAGAGUAUGCACAUCAGCACUGAGAUGCUCCGGCUCUAUGGGAGCAACACAGCCUCUGACACAAGAGUGUAACAAUCUUUGUCACAAUGCAUCCUGCCAGAUCACUGCCAUUCCGAAUAAGCCAAUGGCUCAGGUUCUUGUGCUAGUCAUAUGCCUCUAAAAGCUUACAUUUGCAAUUCACGUCUGACAGGGGCUCAUUUAAUGGGGUGGGAAUGAGGGAAGAUUAGCAGAAAUCCCAUUCAUGGAGAGGUUUAUACAAAUUAAGGUUUAUCAUUUAGAUUUAUAAAGGUUUAUGGAAUUAUGUAAGGUGUAGAGGAAGUGGAUAGAAAAUCUGUUCCCCUCCUCUGAAAAUUGUGGAAGUGUCAGUCUCCCAAUUAAAGUGUUUGGUAGGAGAUUCAGGACAGACAAAACAAAGUACCUUUUUAACACAACACACAACUGAUUUAUGGAUUUCAUUGUCAUCCAGUCUGGUGAGGGUCACCAUAUUAAAUUAAAACAGGAUCGGGCAAAUUCAUGGAGGUUUCAAUGGUCAUUGGCCGUGAUAACUAAAUCAAACCUUCACCUUCAGAGACAUGGAGUACCAUUUGUUGCAGACAACUGGGAGAGCGCUAUUUCCUUCAGAUCCAAUAAAAUAAAAUAAAAUGGAUUUCUGAAAGUAUCUAAAUGGGGGAAAGAUUUGGUGUGUAUUGGGGGAGGGGUUUGCUCUCCUGCAAAUUAAAUUUUGUACACUAGAAUUCUUGCCAUGCUAAUUAUGCAUAUAGUUUAUGAAGGAAACUUUCCAAAAUGUAAUUGGCCACCUGCAGUCUGAAGUGAUACAGUCCAUUCUGCUGCUUGUGCAGACUAGGCCUUACAGUGCCCAGGGCCGGAUCACCCAUAAGGCAAAGUGAGACAACUGCCUCAGGCAGCAGGAUCCACAGGGGCAGCAGAUCUGGCCUCCAAGAAAGGGAUCAUUCACGGCUGCAGCACGCUCCUUGGAGGCUAGAUCUGCUGCCUCCCUGACAGCCCUCCCCAUGCCACCUCUGCAGUGGCCUUUAUUCACACCCUGUUCUUGAUGUACAACUUCACUUCACCCCUUCUUCCCUGGGGGGCCCGGCAAUUUUGUAGCUUGCCUCAGGUGACAAAAUGUCUUGAGCCGUUCCGGCAGUGGCCAUCACAUGGGCUGAUACUGGCCUGCUUACAGGCUGCUGACUCUCUUUUAAGGGGAUGAAGGUUCUGUGUCUUUAACAGCUGGACUAGCAAACCUGCUACAGGAAUGAAAGCACAGAGAGCAAAUCAACUGAGCGCAGCAGCAGUACAUGGAAGAAGAGGAAUAUUCCCAAGUAAGGGAUGACUGAGAUAGUGAACAUGCGUGUCCUUAGAAUUGUUUUAUCCUGAGUGGCAAAAAUAUAUUCCUGUUUUGAAGGAUCAUGUAACCCCAGAAGCUUAGCAUUUUUAUACAUAACAUAAGGCUGACUUUUUUUUUUAUUGACGUAGUCGCUUUGCUGCCUCUCUUUGUAGGGCAUUGUUGGCCGCAUUCAGCCCUUACUUCCGGGCCAUGUUCACCAGGCCCUUUAGAGAAUGCUGGGAAAGGCAAGUUGUGUUCGAAGACAUGGCCUCUUCUGUUCUUCAAAGAAUUCUAGAUUAUCUCUACACUGGAGAGUUGUUGCUUACACCAGAGACUGCUCAGGAUCUCUUCACAGCUGCCAAUAGGCUUGUCAUCCGCCCACUGCAGGAGAUUAUUGGCAGGUAAACAGAUCCUGUUUUGGAGCUGGGGAUCCUUGGAUCAGUGGGUGAAAUCCUUAAGAGAUACAGUAUGGAGGCACAAUCUAGAGUUGAGCUGAAAUUUCUCAGAAGACAUUUUUCUGAUAAUAUAUCUGAGGCUUUUCACUGAAUAUUCCCAACUUUCUUUGGGGGGAGGCAGCUAUUAUUUCUCCCCUGCCCCACAAUGACCUGAAUAUAAACACAGACAAUGCCCUUGAAUGACACUAGGUCUAAAGCAUUGCUUGGGGUGGGAAAUAGUGCCCAGUGCAGUUGCUGCUGCUGCUUCUUGCAGCAGCAAGCAGUGGCAUUGGGAAGGAACCCAGCACCAGUGUCUGGGGAAAUGUAAGUUGUCUGAGCUUAUGUCAGAAGAGAGUUUGAGUUUUCAUUCAUUAAAAUGACAGACAUCUGUACCUUGACCUUUGCCUAGUUUGUCAAAGGAAUCAAGGACUGUGUUCACUUGGGCCCCAGACAACACAGACGUAUUGGCUGGCAAGCUAAACAAGAACGGAAAAUUUACUGGUUCACACAGUGCUGUCAUAAUUCUGGGGGGUUCACAGAGGAUAUCAAUCUCCAAAAAUUCCACCACAUUACCCAUUAACCAAAAUGAAAUUAAUUUAAAGACAAUAAUUGGUGAACUCCAGCUGUCCCACAGCAGUUUACUAACAGCUGAGCGCCUUGUUGUAAUGUUCAACUGGGCCCUCAGCAGCAAGUAAACUGCUAUGGGACAGUUGGAGUUCCACAAUUACUGCCUUUAAAUUAAUUUCACUUUGUAACUGAGGGAAUUUUCCUGGAGGAAAGAGAGAUCAGGCAAAAUGAAAGAUGGGAUGCAUGCAGAUCCUUCCUAUUGCCUAUACUCCAAACUUCACACUGACACAAGUGCUAUUUAACAUGGAAGGGCUUAUUUGUAGCUCACAAUUACUAUUGCAAAUCACAUAUAUUUUGGCUGCACCAUUUCUCCAUAUCCACAACUCAUUCCCUCUGGCUAUCCCAUGUUGUUCCAUUCAUUCAGGUGUCCGACAUUUCCCUUACUGUGGCUUGUUUCAGCUUUCCUCCUCCAAAGUCCUGACCUGUUACCUUCCAAUGCAUUUUCCCCAUCCUUUAAAGUGAUCCCUUUCCUCCUGAGCCUGGAGAAAAGAUGCAACAAACAAUUCUAGCUCCACUUGAAGCAUCUUGCUUUUGAGCGGGUUGCCAGCAAAAUACAAAAAAUGUACAUUUUUCAGACACCUUGGCAAACUUAUUUUAACCGGCAUGUGUUGGUCUCUGGCGGUGGGAUAACAGGUCAGAAUGCCAGUGGGCAUGCCAGUCCCUUUGCUGCUGAGCGCGAAAAGCUGUCUCUUUCACCAUCUGGAGAGUGAAAUUCCCCUGCAGUUCCCCACUGAUUCAUAUUUAAUUUCUUUCUCUCACCAGAUUCCUUGCUGACAGCAUUUCUAUGGACAGCUGCCUGGGGAUUUAUGCUUUGGCAUAUGCUCACAACCACCAAGCGCUGCUUCGUGUGGCCACACGCCACAUCACCAUUAACUUUGAACCUCUUUCUCAACACGAGGCCUUUCCAGGCUUGGAUCCCAGCACGGUGAUCAGCAUUGUCUCCUCAGACAAACUCCUGGUGUCUUCUGAGCUGAUCGUCUACCACGCUGUGCAGCGCUGGGUGAGGUCUCAACCAGCCGAGCACCUCUCACUGAUCAAGAAGCUGCUGAAACAAGUCCGCCUCCCGCUUCUUACUUCCGAAGAGAUCACGGUAGUCCAGAAGGACAUAAUCGAAGAAUAUGGACAUGCUCACCUGCAGUGGGAGCAGCUGGACGGAGAAGGGAGGUUGCGGAAGAGCGGGGGUCUCAGGCACGGCAUGUACGAUGACUGGAUUGUGAGCUUGGGCCUUUUUGUAAGCAACAUGCAGGGAGGCGUAGUUGAACGUCUGAAAACUCACUUCCUGGGAUUCAGCCUGCAGACAGAAAGCUGGGAGGAGAUACCACCCCUGAUGUAUCUAGAUUCCUCUGGCUUCUUGUCUGUGGGGCACAAGCUCUAUGUCUCUGGGGGACAAAGGCUUAAUGGCUCCGUCUUAGGCAAUCUGCACGAGUUUGAUGCUCUUACCGGCCAGUGGAUGCAGCUGCCAUCCAUGUCCACUCCUCGGCGAGAACAUGGCUUCCUAGCAUGUAAGCAGAAGCUGUAUGCUUUGGGGGGUCGGAGUGGCCGAAGUGUGCUUGAUUCUGCAGAAAGCUUUGACCUAGUGCAGAAGUCCUGGUCUCCCAUUGCCAACUUGCCAUUUGCAGUGAGUCAUUUUGCCUCUGCCACAUUGAAAAACAAGCUCUACCUGAUUGGAGGGUUCUCUCACACAAGGGCAAGCGGCCUUGCUCACAGGGGCAUUCUGAUUUAUGAAACAGGUUCCGAUGUGUGGAAUCAGGUGCCUCUGGCUUUUCAGUGCUACAAAUCCACAGCUGUGACCAUGGACAAUGGGAUCUUCGUCAUCGGCGGGCUUGUUGAGGAGAGCAGCCGGCGCGAGACACCCGGCACGGUAAUCAGGGCCCUGAUCUCUGGCACCCACAAGUGUUUCUUCCUCAGCAAGGAUGGCACUGUGAGCUACGACGUCGCCAUCCCAGAACUUCCUAUCCUGGUCUUGCCACCUUGUGCGGUGCAGUGGCAGAGAAGAAUCCACGUGCUGGUGGGGAAUACAAUAUACCAGUGGAAGCCCGGAGAGCCCAGCUGGACCAGGAGUCGAAAAACUGCUCCCAACACAAGAGUAACAUUCUUAACUGUAGUUAAUGGAGUAACACUGAGGGUCCCAAAGAAAAAUCUGCAGCCCCUUUUACGAGAAGCCUCUGCAGCCUUGACAGCGGUUUGGGUGGCUGAUAAUUAGCAGCCAAUUGACACUUUCCCAAACCUGGCUACCUUGGUGUCACCUAAAUGCAGGAUUCCAUCGGGCAUCUUAAGCUUCUCCCUUUAAUAUCGACAGUACCGAUGCCUUCAGCAGAAUACAGUCACAUGGGUUCCUCCUCAUUGCACUUGAGACAGGGUGCCUAUGGCUCAGCCAAGGGGGCUGGCUGCUGAAUAAACUCAAUUCCAGCUUCCAACUUA